AGUAGCGUUGUCAGUCAGCUGGUUCGUUGCAUCUUCGGCCGCCUGCAACGUGUGUGCGCGGCCGACGUGGAGGGGCUGCGGCGGUGGGAGUCGCCGAGAGUGGGGGUGGCCGCCAGUUACGCCGAUCGUCGAUAGAACGGCGGUUCGGUCGCGGAGCCAGUUGCAUUCCGACCGCCGCCGUGGUGGGAUGUCGCCGUCUAGUUAGUGUCGCAAAGCGAGAAUUCGUUCGUUCCUCCCGGUUAUCGUCUCAUGAACGAACGGACGCGGUGGUGAUGGUGAGAUUUUUCCCUCUGUGGCGUGCACAACGGUUGAACGAGAGAGCAGUGCAGUGAGUGCGAACGGGAGAAUGACGUUGGGAAUAAUGGAAGCGUACCACGCAUCGACCGUACUGUGCUUGUUAUUGUUGUCGUCGUUGGAUCAGACGGCGUACGGGCGCAGCAUCACGAGUCUCGAGGCGCCGAGCGGUUGCGAAUGGCGAAAGGAGGAGGGCGAGCAGGCAUUGGCCUGCCGCGUAAGGACGAUCGCGAGCGCGCCCGGUCUCAUCGGCAACCUCUCGACGAUACAGGCGGACUCGGUGACGUCGCUGGGGCUGGAGUGCAGCGACGUGUUGUUCUUCGAGAGCGGGCAGCCGCACGGCUUCCUCGCGCCGUUGCCGCGGCUGGCGAAGCUGCGCGUCGAACACUGCAAGAUCCCGAGCUUGCCGGGCGGCGCGUUCACCGGCGUCCACAAUCUACGCAGUCUCUCGCUGCGGACGCACAACGGCGACUGGUCGGCGAUGACGCUGGAGGUGGACCGGGACGCGCUGCGCGGCCUCGCCGGGCUGCGGCAGCUCGACCUCGCGGACAACAACCUCCUCGCGCUGCCGUCGGAGCUGUUAUGCCCGGUGCAGGCCCUCGCGAGCUUGAACUUGACGCGCAACAAGUUACAGGACGUCGACUGGCUGGAGCAGUGCACCGCCGGCCUGGAGACGCUGGACAUGAGCGAGAACGAGCUCAGCGCCUUGCCGGACCACGCGCUCAGCGGUCUGCGCGCGCUCACCGUGCUGAAGGUCCAGGAGAACGCCAUCUCCGCGGUCGGCGAGCACGCGCUGCUCGGGCUCGCGUCCCUGCGGGUGCUCAACAUGUCCAGCAACCGGGUGGUCGCGCUGCCGCCGGAGCUCUUCUCGAAGACGAGGGACCUCCGGGAACUGAUACUCAGCAACAAUUCCCUGACGGUGCUGGCGCCCGGGCUGCUGGACGGCCUCGGCGAGCUCCAGCUGCUGGAUCUGAGCGGGAACGGGCUGACGAGCCGGUGGGUGAGCCGCGAGACCUUCUCCCAGCUGGUCCGCCUGGUCGUGCUCGACCUCUCGUUCAACUCGCUCACGCGGAUCGACGCGCACGUCUUCAAGGGCCUCCGCAGUCUGCAGAUACUCAAGCUCGAGCGCAACGAGAUCGAGACGCUCGUCGACGGCUGCUUCGCCUCGCUCGCGAGCCUCCGCUCCCUCACGCUCUCGGACAACAAGAUCGUGAGGUUCGAGGCGGCGCAGGCGGUCGGCCUCGGCGCCCUCGGCCAGCUCUUCCUCGACGGCAACAGGCUGCGCCUCCUGCCCAGGCAUGUGUUCGCCAACCUGACCGAGCUGCAGGACCUCUCGCUCAGCGGUAACCACCUGACGGAGGUUCCGCGCGCGGUGCGCGCGCUGCGCUCCCUCAAGACCCUCGACCUGGGUAACAACCACGUGUCGAGGAUCGACAACGAGUCGUUCGCCGGGCUGAACGAGCUCUACGGGCUGCGGCUGGUGGACAACAAGUUGGAGAACGUGUCCCGCGAGGCGUUCGGCUGCCUGCCGGCUCUGCAGGUGCUCAACCUGGCGAACAAUCACAUCCGGCACGUGGAGCAGAGCGCGUUCGUCAACAAUCCGGUGUUGCGCGCCAUCAGGCUGGACGGGAAUCAACUGACGGAGAUCCGCGGCGCCUUCACCAGCCUCUCCACUCUCGUCUGGCUGAACGUGUCCGACAACAAGCUGCUGUGGUUCGACUACAGCCACUUGCCGGGUAACAUCGAGUGGCUGGACAUACACGCGAAUCAGAUCAGCGAACUCGGCGACUUUUACCUGAUGCGCGGCGACAUGCGCAUCAAGAUGCUGGACGCCAGUUACAACCUCAUCACCGAGAUCAAGGACAGCAACGUGCCGAACAGCGUGGAGACGCUCUUCCUGAACAACAACAAGAUCGUCACGGUGGCGGCGGGCACGUUCCGGCGGAAGAACAACCUGCGGAAGGUCGUGCUCCACGGCAACGAGAUCAGGAAGCUCGAAGUGGCCGCGCUCGGUCUGUCGCCCGUGCCGGAGGACCGGGACCUGCCCGUAUUCUACAUCGGCGAGAACCCCAUCUUCUGCGACUGCACGAUGGAGUGGCUGCCGAAGAUCAACGAACUGGCGGCCCGUCAGCGGCAGCAUCCGCGCGUCAUGGACCUGGACGCGGUGACGUGCAGCAUGAUGCACGCGCGCGCCACGCCGCGGCGCAAGCUCCUCUCCCUCAAGCCGAAGGACUUCCUCUGCAAGUACGACACCCACUGCUUCGCGCUCUGCCACUGCUGCGAGUUCGACGCGUGCGACUGCGAGAUGACCUGUCCGGACAACUGCUCGUGCUACCACGACCACAGCUGGUCGAGCAACGUGGUCGACUGCUCGAACGCCGGCUACAAGAGCGUGCCCGAGCUCAUACCCAUGGACGCGACGGAGAUCUACCUGGACGGCAACGAGCUGGGCGACCUGGGCAGCCACGUGUUCAUCGGCAAGCGUCGGCUGGAGGUGCUCUUCCUGAACAACAGCGGCAUCGCCGCGAUAGACAAUCGCACGUUCAACGGCGUCGGCGCGCUGCGCGUCCUCCAUCUCGAGGACAACGCGCUGCGCGAGCUCCGUGGCUUCGAGUUCGAGCAGCUCGGGCUGAUGUCCGAGCUCUACCUCGACCACAACGCGAUCGCGACCGUCGGCAACGCGACCUUCAAGAAGAUGCGGAACCUCGAGGUGCUGCGCCUCGACAACAAUCGCAUCGUCGACUUCCGGCCGUGGGAGGCGCUCGUCGCCGGCGGCGCGAAAGUCGCCCUCGAGGGCAACGCCUGGAGCUGCGAGUGCGCGAACGCGGCCAGACUGCGCGCCUGGCUCGCGGAGCACCGGGGCGACCCGGAGAAGAUGUACUGCCGCGACGGGGUCGAGACCCUCGCCCAGGCGAUGGAGCGGUGCGGCGACCCCUCGACGGAGGCCGUCAGCCGCGGGAUCCAGGAGAUACCGCUGCUGGGCGGCAACUUGGUGCCGCUGCUCGCCGGCGCGCUCGUCGCCGUGAUCGCCGUCUGCCUCUUCGUCGCCCUGGCCUUCGCCUUCCGGCAGGACGUGCGGCUCUGGGCCCACGCGCGUUACGGCCUGCGCCUCGGCAAGACGGCCGCGCCGCCGGACGAGGAGAGGGACCGGCUCUACGACGGCUACGUCGUCUACAGCGAGCGCGACGAGGACUUCGUUUCCAGGUUCCUCGCGGCCGAGUUGGAGCAGGCCGGCCUCGCUCUCUGCCUGCACUGGCGGGACUUGCCGCCGGCGAGGCCGCAGGAGGCGCUGCCGCCGGCCGCCGCGGCCGCCCGGCGCAUCGUCAUCAUCUUCUCGCCGGUCUUCGCGGCGAACGAGUGGCAGCACGCGGAGUUCCGCGCCGCUCUGAGGACCGCCCUCGAGAACAUCAGGCCGACCUCGCGAAAGCGCCGAGUGCUCGUCCUCCUGGCGACCGAGGCGCCCGCGCGAGACCCGGAGAUGCAGCUGCUGCUGCAGACCUGCACCGUCGUCGUCUGGGGCGAGAAGAGGUUCUGGGAGAAGCUCAGGUUCGCCAUGCCGGACUCGGUGGACAAACGGCGCGACAGCGCCGGCAAGAACAACGCCCCGACCCGCUACACCGCGGCCCCCGCCGUCGUCGACGUCUGGACCAAGCCGAACGGGGUUCUGGUCGCGCCGGUGCACGCGCCCACGCCCACGCCCACGCAGUCCACCUACGUCAGCUCGGCGUCCAGCAGGACCGAGGACGAGGACAGCGGCGCCGAGCACCACCAGCACGGCUACAGCGCGCUGCACACCGCCGGCCGCCCGGCCAGUCUCUCCUCCAGAGGCAGUCACCUCUACAGCACCAUACCGGAGCCGCCGCAGUUGCCCGGCGAGACGACCGGCAACCCGCGUACUUACUUCGUCUAGCACAGAAGGGCGGCGAUCCUGCUGCGAUCCGCCAACAGAUAGACGGCUCUUCCACAACACGGUCCUUCCUUUCACGAAUUGUCUCUUC